UUCCAAACCAUAUGAACCAAAACUGUAAAUAACCCUUUCCCCAAACACCAUCCCUACAAAUUCUCUAGUCGCCGUCACCAUUCCCCAACUCAGCAACAAUGGCGAAAAUUAACGAAGCCCAAGUGCUCAAGGCAGUAAAUGCUCUUCUCAAAUGGAAGAAACUUCAAUCCAAAAACCAAUCUUUACUAUCAGAUGAAGAAGCAGAACAAGAAGAAGAAAUAGAAGCAGAGGUAUUAGAAGAUAAUUUCAUUUAUCUUAUGUUAACUCUCAAGAAAAUCCCACCAAAAGAACUCACCACCCCCCACAAAAUCCCCCUCCCCCACCCCCUUUUUCACCCCCUUGAAUCUUUUUCCAAUAUUUGUCUCAUUAUUGAUGACAGACCCAAAAAACCCCUUAACUCAAAAUCCAAUCUUUAUGCUGAAACAAUGCAAAAGACCAAACCCCAUAUGUCAAAAUCCAAACUUGAUGUUGAAACAGUGCAGAAAAAGAUUAAAGCUGAAGGAAUACCAAUAACUAAAGUUUUAAAAUUUUCAAAGUUGAAGGCUGAGUACAAGUCUUUUGAGGCGAAAAGGGAGUUGUAUGGUUCAUAUGAAUUGUUUUUGACUGAUAAAAGAGUGGUACAUUUGCUUCCAGGUUUAUUAGGGAAGCAAUUUUACAAGAAGAAGAGGAAGGUACCUGUGCCAGUAGAUUUAAGGGGGAAUAGUAGUUGGAAAGAGGAAAUAGAAAGAGCUUGCGCGUCGAGUUUGUUGUGUUUAGGGAAUGGGACAUGUAGUGUUUUGAAGGUUGGGAGGGGAGGGAUGGAGAGUGGUGAAGUUAUGGAAAAUGUUUUGGCUGCUAUUGAAGGAAUUGCUGAGUUUGUUCCUAAGAAAUUGGAUGGUGUUAGAGCUUUUCAUUUGAAGUUUUCGGAUUCAUUGGCAUUGCCUGUUUAUGAGGAUUUGCCUGAUUCCAAGAUUGAAGAUUUGAAGGAGCCAAAGGCGACGAGGAAAAAUUGAAUGAGGAUCAGAAGCAUGGUGAUAAGAAGAAAGUGGAAUUGUUCUAGCUAUGUAAAAUUGAGAAGAAAAUGAAGUAGAAAAAGUGAAAGGGUGGGAUUUCAAAAGGUUUUUCCAGACAGAAAUCGGCGUAAGUAUUGAGUUGUAGGCUCACAACCAAAUGUUAUAUGUUCUGUAGAAAAUUUGGACGAAGUGUUUGCAGUUUGAUUCUUUAGCUUAGGUUCAAGUAGGCAGUGAAUACAACAAUAUGUUCUUUUUCCUUUUGCUGUCCUUUUGUUUUCUGAUUUGAUCUAGUUCUUCCAACAAUGUUGUUGCUUACACUAUGUUGUUUCAAAUGGGAAAUUCCAAUGUUUACCUCUUGAUAGUUUAUCAAUGUGGACAGUUUAAUUAUGAUAAUAGUGAGGCUCUUUAUCA